AUGGCCGAGUCGUCGUUGCUCAUGGCGUCAACUAAUAGCUAUGGAACGCAUACUAUAAAUUCAACUCCUAAGAAUUCAAAAGUCAGCGGGCGCUACUGCCGCUCACAAGUAUCCCAUGCAUUUCUGCUCAAAAAGGAGGAAGACGCAGAGGUACAGCAUUUAUCCUCGCCGUCAAGUGCUGCCUUACGCGUGCAAGUUGCCAUCAAUGCCUCGCUUGCGGCCAAUGUGGUCCUCACUAUCGUUAAAAUAUACGCUGCCCUCACAAGUGGCUCAUUAGCCGUGCUGUCGUCACUCGUGGACUCAAUCUUGGACUUAACGUCGCAAGCUCUUUUUUGGUACUCAGAUAAGCGAAUGCACACGCCAAGCGUUAAGUAUCCGGCUGGGAGACGGCGACUCGAGCCCAUUGCCGUCAUCAUAUCAGCCACCCUCAUGGGCAUGGCAGCUAUUGAAGUGAUCCAGCAAUCUGUGAAAGCGCUCGUGAAAGGCUUCAACGGUCACCUACGGGAGAUAGACAUUUCUUCUUUUACAUUGAUUGUACUACUGGUUGCAAUUGUCGUCAAGCUUUUCCUCUGGUAUAUUUGCGCCAAAAUUGCGUCACACUCGCCUUCAGCUGAUGCGCUGGCUCAGGAUCACCGCAACGACGUCUACAGCAAUUUGGUGGCAGUCUCUGCUGCUUUUGUCGCGCACAAACAUCCAAGCCUCUGGUGUCUCGAUUCCAUUGGGGCUAUCGUGAUCUCGGUCUACAUUGCUGUCAGUUGGUUGGCUACAGGAAAAGAACAAGUGGAGCGCCUUGUUGGUCUCCAAGCGGAGCAAGAGUUUAUUGAUCAUAUUCGUACGCUGGGCGAUGUGCAUCACCCCUUGAUGAAGACAGACAUUGUGAGAGCGUACCACUUCGGCAACAACUAUUUGGUGGAGAUGGAAGUGAUUUUGCCAGAGGAUAUGUGCGUCAAGGAAGCUCACGACAUCAGUCUGAGCUUGCAGAUUAAAGUUGAGGGACUGGACAAUGUAGAGCGAGCUUUCGUGCAUGUUGACUACCUUGAACGCAACUAUGACGAACACAAAGACCCUACAUUACGUCGCGAUUCUUCAUAG